ACUCUUAUCUGGAUGUCUCUAAAUCCGGCUGGACUUUCAGCUUCUAAGAGCAGUCCGUUUCUCAAGGAUCCAGACGCAGGAGGACAGAGCAAUGGAUGAGAGAACUCCUCACGCUGCAGUGCCCAAACCAGGUUAUCCAGAAUCUGAAUCCAUCAUGAUGGCCCCCAUUUGUCUAGUGGAAAACCAGGAAGAGCAGCUGACAGUGAAUUCAAAGGCAUUAGAGAUUCUUGACAAGAUUUCUCAGCCCGUGGUGGUGGUGGCCAUUGUAGGGCUAUACCGCACAGGAAAAUCCUAUCUCAUGAAUCGUCUUGCAGGAAAGAGCCAUGGCUUCCCUCUGGGCUCCACGGUGCAGUCUGUAACUAAGGGCAUCUGGAUGUGGUGUGUGCCCCACCCCUCUAAGCCAAACCACACCCUGGUCCUUCUGGACACCGAGGGCCUGGGUGAUGUGGAAAAGGGUGACCCUAAGAAUGACUCAUGGAUCUUUGCCCUGGCUGUGCUUCUAAGCAGCAGCUUUGUCUACAACAGCAUGAGCACCAUCAACCACCAGGCCCUGGAGCAGCUGCACUACGUGACUGAGCUAGCAGAGCUAAUCAGGGCAAAAUCCUGCCCCAGACCUGAUGAAGUUGAGGACUCCAGCGAGUUUGUGAGUUUCUUUCCAGACUUUAUUUGGACUGUUCGGGAUUUUACCCUGGAACUAAAGUUAGAUGGACACCCCAUCACAGAAGAUGAGUACCUGGAGAAUGCCUUGAAGCUGAUUCCAGGCAAGAAUCCCAAAAUUCAAACUUCGAACAUGCCUAGAGAGUGUAUCAGGCAUUUCUUCCCAGAACAGAAGUGCUUUGUCUUUGACCGGCCUACAAAUGACAAACAAUAUUUAAAUCAUAUGGACGAAGUGCCAGAAGAAAAUCUGGAAAGGCAUUUCCUGAUGCAAUCAGACAACUUCUGUUCUUAUAUCUUCACCCAUGCAAAGACCAAGACCCUGAGAGAGGGAAUCAUUGUCACUGGAAAGCGGCUGGGGACUCUGGUGGUGACUUAUGUAGAUGCCAUCAACAGUGGAGCAGUACCUUGUCUGGAGAAUGCAGUGACAGCACUGGCCCAGCUUGAGAACCCAGCGGCUGUGCAGAGGGCAGCCGACCACUAUAGCCAGCAGAUGGCCCAGCAACUGAGGCUCCCCACAGACACGCUCCAGGAGCUGCUGGACGUGCAUGCAGCCUGUGAGAGGGAAGCCAUUGCAGUCUUCAUGGAGCACUCCUUCAAGGAUGAAAACCAUGAAUUCCAGAAGAAGCUUGUGGACACCAUAGAGAAAAAGAAGGAAGAUUUUGUGCUGCAGAAUGAAGAGGCAUCUGCCAAAUAUUGCCAGGCUGAGCUUAAGCGGCUUUCAGAGCACCUGACAGAAAGCAUUUUGAGAGGAAUUUUCUCUGUUCCUGGAGGACACAAUCUCUACUUAGAAGAAAAGAAACAGGUUGAGCAGGACUAUAAGCUAGUGCCCAGAAAAGGAGUUAAGGCAAACGAGGUCCUCCAGAACUUCCUGCAGUCACAGGUGGUUGUAGAGGAAUCCAUCCUGCAGUCAGACAAAGCCCUCACUGCUGGAGAGAAGGCCAUAGCAGCGGAGCGGGCAAUGAAGGAAGCAGCUGAGAAGGAACAGGAGCUGCUAAGAGAAAAACAGAAGGAGCAGCAGCAAAUGAUGGAGGCUCAAGAAAGAAGCUUCCAGGAAUACAUGGCCCAAAUGGAGAAGAAGUUGGAGGAGGAAAGGGAAAACCUGCUCAGAGAGCAUGAAAGGCUGCUAAAACACAAGCUGAAGAUACAAGAAGAAAUGCUUAAGGAAGAAUUUCAAAAGAAAUCUGAGCAGUUAAAUAAAGAGAUUAAUCAACUGAAAGAAAAAAUUGAAAGCACUGAAAAUGAAGAGUUAAGGCUUUUAAAGAUCUUUGACAUAGCUAGCAACAUAAUGACUGUCGCUCUACCUGGGGCUUCUAAGCUGCUUGGAGUAGGGAUAAAAUAUCUUGGCUCACGUAGUUAAGAGCCUGAAUAUUCCAGAGUCCCACUUUGACACCCAGGCUGGAGUGCAGUAGCACAAACAUGGGUCAUUGUAGCCUCAACCUCCCAGGCUCAAGCAGUCCUUUCACCUCAGCCCCCCACGUAGCUGGGACUACAGGUGCUUACCCCCAAGCCCAAUUAAUUUUUUGUAUUUGUUUAUGGAGAUGGGUUUUUCCAUGUUGCCCAAGCUGGUCUUGAACUACUGAGCUCAAGCAAUCUGCCUGCCUCAGCCUCCCAAAGUACUGGGAUUUAGGCGUGAGCCACCACAUCUGGCCAAUAGUUUCUUUUGAUGUGCAGUAGCUCUUUAAUUUAAUUAGAUCUCAUUUGUCAGUUUUUGUUUUUGCUGCAAUUGCUUAUGUUGUCUUCAUCAUGAAAUCUUAGCCAAGUCUUAUGUCCAGAAUGGUAUUUCUUAGGUUAUUUUUCAGAGUUUUUAUAGUUUAAUGUUUUAUAUUUAAGUCUUUAAUCCUUCUUAAGUUGAUUUUUGUAUGUGGAGUAAGCUGGGGGCCAAGUUUCAAUCUUGUGCAUAUGGCUAGCCAGUAAUCCCAGCGCCAUUUAUUAAAUGGGGACUUCUUUCCCCAUUGCUUGUUUCUGCCAGCUUUGUCCAAGAUCAGAUGAUUGUAGGUAUACAGCAUUAUUUCUGGACUCUCCGUUAUGUUCCAUUUAUGUAUGUGUCUGUUUUUGUACUAAUACCAUGCUGUUUGGUUACUGUAGCUCUGUAGUAUAGUUUGAAGUUUGGUAACUGGAUGCCUCCCCCUUUAUUCUUUUUGUUUAGGAUUGCCUUGGCUAAGCCCUUUUUUGGUUCCAUAUGAAUUUUAAAGUAGUUUCUAAUUCUGUGAAGAUUGUCAUUGGUGGUUUGAUGGGGAUAGCAUUGAACUAUUUUCUCAACUCAACAUUUUAGGAAUUUAUUUCAGCUGUCUAGUGCUCAAAACUUGCAGCUAGAAUUGAGGAAAGAGAGAGACCUUCUUAUAUUGUUCUAUAUUGUUUGAUACUCAGUACCUGUUUUAAGAAAAAACAACAAGGAAUUAAAACCCAAGACAGGCAGCCCAGCGCCAAGCCUGAAACCAGGCCUGGGCCUGCCUGGCCUAAACCCAGUAGUUAAAAAUCAACUCAUAACUUAGAAACCGAUGUUAUUCAUAGAUUCCAGACAUUGUAUAGAAGAACAUUGUGAAACUCCCUGCCUUGUUCUGUUUCUCUCUGACCACCAGUGCACGCAGCCCCUGUCAUGUACUGCCUGCUUGCUCAAAUCAAUCAUGACCCUUUCAUGUGAAAUCUUAGUGUUGUGAGCCCUUAGAAAAUUCUAAGGAGGGCUUAGUACUAGAACUCAGAAACUCUGCAGGGAGUGUCCCCUUUGGAGAGGUUGAGGUCUGGGGGAUCCCCAGUGUAAAAAGUAAAGUAGAGGUUCCUCUUCAAAGAGUUUCCUCCCCAUCUAAUUAGGAAUAAAUAGUAACUUCUCUUCAAAGCAAAAUUUAUUCAAAGACCUGUGCUCCUAAAUAUUUGCCCUGGCAUGCUUAUACUGGUCCAAGCAAGCAUUAGAUCAUAGCCUGUUCCUCUUCCUUAUUUAAAAGUGUUUUUACCUUUCUCAGCAUUCCACAAGUUACUUCCCCCUUCCCUUGUUCUCCUCUACCUUUGCCUCUUUUAAAAAGUUCUAAGUUGCUAGCCAAUUGGGACAAAUACAGAAUGUGAGGUCCCGUUCCAGCCAAUGGAAACCAGACACAGCAGUAUGGUGGACAUGUCAGGUUAUAAAUGACCCUGUCUCCUUUGUUCAGUGUACUCUUGUGGCAAAACUGCUGGCGAGUGUACCCUUUCUGCAGGAAGUAAAAAUGGCCUCACUAAAUAAAUUAAAUUUAUGUCCAAGUGCUAUUUCUUUAUGGCGCUGGGGAACAAGCACUUCAAACACCAGGGUGUCCCCCUGUGAGGCCCAAUCUUAGAGUGUCAGUUGUCUCUGACCUUAGAUGGGCACCAGUGCCACCUGCUUGUUUUCCCUCCAGGUGCAAUGGCCUACUAUUAGCUUUAUAAGAAUAGCCAUGAACUGUAAUAAUAGGAAUUGGAGGCUGGGUGGGCUUCUUUUGUUCUUAGCUAGUACAGUAUGGGAAGGGAAGAAUUUAGCAUAAGAGAAGAAGGUUUAAGUUACCUGAAACAUGUGUGAGUUUGCUCCAAGCUGCACCACAUAUAGGGAUCAGGGACCAUAACUGGAAAAGAUUAAAAAAGAGUCCUUUCCCCUUCCAGGCAGGGCAAUUAUCCCCACUGACUCCUUGGCCUUCAGGCAACACUGGAGAGUGACCCCCGGCCAGUUGCCUGCAACUUCCAAGGAGCUGCUAGGAAGCAGCCGCUGAAAGACUGAAAAAGAAAGAAAAGAGAAAAAAAAAAUAGAGGGAAAAAGACUCUGGUCACUUAAGCAAAUCUGGCAGUGGUGGUUAGGUGCUUCCACAUGGAAACCCCUUAGUUUCACUGGUCAUGGCAGAAACUUGCAGUUGCCUUCAUGUUUAGGUGCUGCCCACCAAGGGUCCUGAAUUGGAAAGGAAAAGAGAGAGAGACAGAGACAGAUGGUAAGAGAGAGACAGAGAGAUUGAUUCUCUGUAAGGAGCAGAAAGGAAAAGGAGAAAAUAAAUCCCAAACUUUGGGCUUACCUGCUCCUGGCUGGCUCACCAAAAUAUGUUACCAGUGGAGGGUGUCCAGGUUCUUGGCAUCUUGAACAAAGAAUUGGACAAAAUGCACAAAGCAAGGAAAGAAGAAGCAACAAAAGCAGAGAUUUAUUGAAUGUAAGUACACUCCACAGUAUGGGAGCAGGCCCAAGCACAGAGGCUCAAGAACACCAUUACAGAAUUCUUAAGGGUUUAAGUACCUUUAGAUGUUUCCACUGGUUACUUUGUGUACACCCUAUGUAAAUGGCAAGGAUGAAGUAAAGUUACAAAGUCAUUUACUCAGCUUACACCUUAUGUAAAUGGAGAGGAUAUUUCCUGUCAUAGCUGAAAUGUGAAUCAGCCUUACGUUCCCUGCUUUCAGACCCUAUUUUCCUGCCUCAUUAUCACCCAUGAUAAUUAAUUUUCAAGGAAUGAAGUCACCACUGUUAGGGCCCUGCACAAUCAUGAUGUUUAAAAUAAUAAAGAAAGUCCCAGUAUCAUGUAAACCUCUCACUUCUACCAUAUUUCUUCUAUCAUUUCAGGCCACUUCUGGUGAAAUAAAACUAUUCUAUUGUGAACCCCCAAAAUUUGAGACAGGUCUCAGUUAAUUUAGAAAGUUUAUUUUGUCAAGGUUGAGGAUGCACACUAAUGACACAGCCUCAGCAUGUCCUGAUGACAUGUGCCCAAGGUGAUUGGGGCAUAGCUUGUUUUUAUACAUUUUAGGGAAACAUGAGACAUCAAUCAAUAUAUGUAUGAAGUACAUUGGUUCCAUCCAGAAAAGCAGGGACAACUUGAGGCAGGGAGAGGGCUUCCAGGUCACAGGUGGGUGUGAGACAAAUGGUUGCAUUCUUUUGAAUUUCUGAUAAGCGUUUCCAAAGGAGGCAAUCAGAACACACAUCUAUCUCAGUGAGCAGAGGGAUGACUUUGAAUAGAAUGGGAGGCAGGUUUGCCCUGAGCAGUUUCCAGCUUAAAUUUUCCUUUUAGCUUAGUGAUUUUGGGGGCCCAAGAUCUUUCCCUUUCACACUCUUUAAUAUGAUGAUCAAAACCUCACUGAAAAUGAUACCUACAGGCUGACAGAGUAGAAGAAUCUACACAUUGUCAAUAGAGCCAUCAGAUAGCAACACUGUGAUUACUCUUCAUUUCUUCUUUCCCUUUAAAGUCAUAACAGCAUAGCUCUGCCUUCUUCAGGGCUUUGAAGCAAUGCAUAGGUGCCUUCCAGUUUCCCCAACCCAAACCACUAGAAUGAGAAGUCUUGCAGCUGAGCCAGUCACCAAAUAGCCAUUGGUACCACUCAAAGGAAUGCCCUAACACUGCACAUCUGGGUGGUCUGGAAAAGGGCAAUGAGGGGACAAGAGAGAACCCUUCUUUCCCAUUAAUUCUCUCCAACACAUGACCAGCAAUGGAGAUACAAAACAGUGACUAGAAAAUGCUGGCAUGAAAUUAUAGCUGCUUAUAUAUCAGGAAGGCAUCAUACUGGAACAUGUUCAGUGCCGCCAAGUGAAAAUAGCACUCACGCAAAAGUUUUCUCAGCAAGGCAAUUUACUUCUACAGAAGGGUGUGUCUCAUGGAUGGAACAAUGGCAAGAACACACCAGACAAGGGAGGGGAAGGGGUUUUUAUCUUAACACAGCUAGACCCUACUGCUAUGUCUUUCUCCUAUUGGCUAGGGUUGAACCGUACAGUCUAAGCUAAUUCCGAUAGGCUAUUUUAAAGAGAGCAGGGGUAUGAGCUGGAGUGGCGGGGUGAGUAGUUUUGGUGGGAAGGAUGGUUACAGAGCAGGUGGCUAAGGAUGCCUAAGGAUGGAACAGGUGACUAAGGAUGCCUAAGGACAGAACAGUUGACUGAAGAUGCCUAAGGACAGAAGAGGUGACUAAGGAUGCCUAAGGACGGAACAGAUGAUGGAGGCUAAGAGAGGGUUGUUUACUGGAACUAGGGGCAAGGAAGGUAAAGAACAAGGAAGGUAAACUUUAAAAUGGAGAACAAAGAACAGGGAAGCUGAACUUACUGACAUAUUGGUUCUUUGAAGAGGAACUCAGAACUCAUACUUAACAAUUUUUCUCCCUCGUGAAUUUUAAAGGAAGUUAACAGGCUAAACUUUGAAGAGGAAUUUACUGUAUCCUACAAUCAGGAGUGACAAGAGGACAAUAAAAGCAGAGAAAAUGAUUCUCCACCCACUUUGAUGUUCAAGCAUAAGUUGUCAUCUCUUCAAAUAAAGUUAUAUGCAUCCAAAAUAAGGCACCAGGCAAAAGGCUUCUCACAUACUUAAAAAUUACCAAAUAAUUGGUUAAUUGUUGAAUUUCUCAGACUUUUUCUGAAGAAGGAAUUAAUGAAAUCAACUAUAACCUAAUAGUAGUAGUAACAGAAAUUUUAAAAUCCUCCUAAAGUUGCUGCAAAGUGUGACCCGCUCCCACCCAACUUCUCACACUCAAGUUAAAAGAGAAUGUUAACAGCCUGUCUUCUCUUUGUGGUCGGUGGACCUUAUCUAUGCUCCCGAACUCCACAUUCCUCAAAGUUUAUUCCUCAAAGGCCCAGCGAGUUCCUGCUUACCUCCUGCAUGGCUGCAGGGUCACAAGACCCAUAAGUUUAGGUUGCAAGACAUGUUUCUCUCAAGAUGUAAAAAAUGUUGUAAUUCUGCCUUUGUUUCUUGCUUCUGUAACUUGCUUCCUGCCUCACAUAGUUCCCACCUUAAGAUGUUUAAAAGUAGGAAAAGCCCUUUGUUAGGGGCUCAGACUUUCUCGAUGUGUGUCUGGCUGAGCUGGUGAUCACCUUAAUUUAAUAAACUCUCCUGAACCUUU